AUGGAUACAGAAUAUGUUAACAAGACUGUGACGGAGUUCACUAUUUUAGGAUUCUCCAGCAUCGGUCCUUAUCGGCCUGUUUUCUUUGCAUUUUUGUUAGUUAUUUAUUUUAUUAUAGUUACUAGUAAUAUUUCCAUAUCGGUUUUGAUUCUGAACGAUGGGCACCUCCAUACACCAAUGUACUUGUUUAUCUCCAUAUUGUCCUUCCUUGAAAUAUUGUAUACAGCAGUCACAAUUCCUUGUAUUCUAACAGUGAUAUGGAAGGGCAAGAUCCAAAUCUCAUUUGGUAACUGUAUGUUACAAAUGUAUCUAUUUCAUUCAUUGGGUAUUACGGAGAAUUAUUUACUGAAUGUUAUGGCUUACGAUCGUAUGGUGGCCAUCUGCAACCCACUUAGGUAUCACACAAUAAUGACGGUGAAGCGUUGUAAAACGUUGGUUUUGUGCUGUUGGCUGUUUGGGUUUAUAAGCCCCACAACACUUCUCAUAUCUAUCUCCAAGCUUCCCUUCUGUGGUCCUAAAGACAUCGAUCACCUCUUCUGUGACUCUUCCCCUCUUCUGAAAUUGGCUUGUACAGACACUUCCGGCAAUGCCAUUAUUGACUUUGUUAUUAGUCUCUGUAUGAUCAUUCUGACCUUCCUUUUUAUCACUGUCACGUACGUGAAAAUUAUUAUCACUAUUGUGAAAAUGAAAUCGAAGCAUGGCCAAGCGAAAGCCUUUUCCACCUGCGCUUCUCACCUCGCAGUUGUUUUCAUCUUCUUUGGAAGUGUCACAUUCAUGUAUGUAAGACCAAAUGUAGAUUAUACUCCAGAGUUUGAUAAAUUGGUGGCAGUAAAUUAUUCUGUACUUACCCCACUCCUGAAUCCCAUAAUCUACAGUUUACGAAACAAAGAAAUUAAGAGCACCAUGAAAAGGUUUUUGCAAUUAAAGAAAUUGCAGUUGCAUUAA